AUGGCGCCCACACAAGAUACCGCGGCUUAUAUCAAGUCGAUUGCAGAACCGCCACCUCCCGGGACCCCCUACGCCCUGCCUGUUCCCGGAACACAGCGACCGAACCGUACGGCAGUUUAUCGUCAUUGGAAGUUCGUCAACAGCCCUCUCCUCGAGACCUUCGACCCGGCUCACCAGACGGUUCACGAUCUCUUUGAAGCAUCAGUUGAGAAGGUGCCCAACAAAAAGUGCCUGGGAUGGCGCCCAUGGAACGCUGCCACCAAGACCUACGAGCCCAAGUAUGUCUGGAUCACUUACAGGGAGGUUGCUGAGCGGAGGAAGAACUUUGGCGCCGGCAUUGUCGCCAUCCACAAGUCCAUCGGCUUCACCGAGGAGAAGUAUGGCGUUGGUUUGUGGGCGCAGAACCGUCCCGAGUGGCAGAUCACUGGCAACAUCACAGAGCUUGCGCUCCUCUCCCAGUCCCUGUUCCCCAUCUCUCUUUACGAGACUCUUGGUCCCGAGACCACCGAGUACAUCAUCAACCACAGUGGCCUUACUGCCAUUGCAUGCUCUGUGCCCCAUAUCCCGACCCUCCUCAAGGUCGCGCCGCGUUGCCCAACCUUGAAGCUCAUUAUCUCCCUGGAUCCUCUGGAUGCUGGUGAGCCUGCUGGCCACACUAAGCGCGAGCUGCUCAAUGCCGCCGCUUCCAACGUGGGCAUCAGGAUCUUCUCCAUCGAUGAGGUUGAGGCGCUGGGUGUCAAGUCGGGCCUCUCUAUGAAGCCUCCCAAGCGUGAGGAUGUUCUGACCAUCAACUAUACCUCGGGCACCACUGGCGACCCGAAGGGUGUCCUGAUCACCCAUGCUCAGGGUGUGGCCGGUAUUACUGCUGCCCGCUCGAUGCAGAGCAUCCUCUCCUCCGAUAUCCACAUCUCCUACCUUCCCCUGGCGCACAUUUACGGUCGCAUGGCCGACCAGACCGCUUUGACCGAGGGCGCUAGCAUCGGUUACUUCCAUGGCGACAUCGCUGGCCUGGUCGAGGACAUGAAGAUCCUGCGCCCGACCGGCCUCAUGUCCGUCCCGCGUCUGUACAACCGCAUCAGCAGCGCUGUGCAGGCCGCCACCAUCGACGCCGACGGCUUCAAGGGCACCCUGUCCCGCUACGUUGUGGAGGCCAAGAAGCAGAGCAUGGCCCUGCCUGCCGGCAAGGCCACCAACAAGCACUUCCUGUAUGACCGCAUCUGGACCAAGAAGGUUCUCAAGGGCGUGGGCCUCGACCGCGCCCGCACCAUGGUCAGCGGUUCCGCCCAGCUCGACCCUGACGUGCACCAGUUCCUCCGCGCCGCCUUCGGCAACGAUUUCGUCCAAGGCUUCGGCAUGACCGAGUCGUACGCCACGGGCACCGCCCAGGUUCCCGGCGACUUCUCCACCGGCAACAUUGGCCCCCCUUGCCCCUGUGUCGAGCUCUGCAUCGAGUCCGUGCCAGACUACGACUACACUAUCGACGACAAGCCGCACCCCCGCGGCGAGCUGCUCAUGCGCGGUCCCAUCAUGUUUAAGGAGUAUUACAAGAACCCGGAAGAAACCGCCAAGGUGGUUGAAGCGGACGGCUGGUUCCACACGGGUGACAUCGUCGAAGUCGACAGCAUGGGCCGGUUCAAGAUCAUCGACCGCAAGAAGAACGUGCUCAAGCUGGCGCAGGGCGAGUACAUCUCGCCCGAGCGUAUCGAGAACGUAUACAUGGCCAGCACCAACCUGAUUGCCAUGGCGUUUGUGCACGGCGAUCCCAAGGAGUCCAGCCUGGUGGCCAUCUUUGGAAUCGACCCCGUCACCUUCGCGCCCUAUGCCAGCAGGAUACUCAAGAAGAACAUUGCCCCUGAAAACCUUGAAGAGCUGAAGCAGUCCGCCAACGAUCCCCGUGUCAAGACGGCUUUCCUCAAACUGCUGGAUGGCAUUGGCAAGAACCACAAGUUCAACAGCUACGAGAAGGUCAAGAAUGUUUAUUUGGAUAUUGAGCCGUUUACGAUUGAGAAUGAGCUUUUGACGCCAACUCUCAAACUCAAGCGUCCUCAGGCCGCCAGGAAGUUCAGGGCCGAAAUCGACCGCAUGUACGAGGAGAUCAACGCUGCUGCGCAGAACAAGGCCAAGCUAUAGAAAGGGAGUUGGGAAGGCCAAGGAUGUGCUGUCGUUGUCAUCAUCAGCGUUGUUGGAGUUUUGUGUGCAUGAAUCUACCUGCCUUUUGAUCUGAGCUGGACACUUAUCGUUUGCACUUUGCUUGUUGGUGUUGGUGCUGAUGCUGGUUCUGGUGCUUAGCUGAGGUGCUGUUUUGAUAUCUUGACAUGUCGUUGACUCUCAUCCCUUUUGUGUAUGAAUUAUAAACUACUAUGGUUGGUUCAAUCAUAGCCAUUCGAUGAUGC